AAAAGCUAAAAGCGCCUUACUCUAUUAGCCGCUUGAAACGAAUGUAGUUCAAAGUUCGGAUGGUUUCAAAUGAAAACAAAAACAAACGACAUUAGAUUUUCUAAUUACUACCGUAAAUCACACUGAAUAAAAUAGUAAUACAAUGUCUGUUAUCAAGAACAAGUAUAACAACUCCCCGACUAUUGAAAAAUGCAUAAAAGACUAUCAGUAUUCAUUUAGAAAAGAUUUAUUGAGAAAUAAAAUUGCAUUUAUUACUGGAGGUGGGUCUGGUAUAUGUUUUACCAUUGCAGAAAUUUUUAUGAGACAUGGUUGCCACACAGCUAUCGCUGGAAGAAAUCUGGAACGCCUUCAGACCUCAGCAAAAACACUCACUGAAACAACUGGGAGCAGAUGUCUAGCUGUACAGAUGGAUGUCCGGAAACCUACUGAGGUAAUUGAAGGAAUAGAAUCAUGUCUUAAGGAAUAUGGAAGAAUUGAUAUUUUAAUCAACGGAGCGGCAGGGAACUUUUUGUGUCCAUUGGAAACCAUGUCUUUUAAUGCGUUUAAGACGGUGAUAGAAAUUGAUACUCUCGGAACAUACAAUGUCAGCAAAGUUGCUUAUGACAAGUUUUUAAAGUCCAAUGGAGGUGUCAUUAUUAAUAUCACUGCAACACUGCACUAUCGUGGGACUCCUCUGCAGGCACAUGCAGGGGCUGCUAAGGCUGCCAUUGAAGCCCUAACAAAACAUCAAGCAAUUGAGUGGGGGCCCAAUGGGGUCAGGGUUGUUUGUGUAGCUCCAGGUCCCAUUGAGGAUACAGAAGGAAUGAAGAAGUUAAGUAUGGGCUUAUCCACUGCAGAUAUUGAAAGUAGAAUACCAAUAGGCCACAUUGGCACCAAGCAAGAAAUUGGCGAGAUAUGUCUAUUUCUGGCCACAGAUAUGGCCAGGCUAAUCACUUCUUCAGUCGUGGUUGCUGAUGGAGGUUCUUGGCUGACUGAUGUCAAUGUGAAAAAGCGCUUAGAGAUAUUCAAAGCUUUUACAGCUAAAAUGUGAUUAUCUCUUUAUUUACAGAACUUAUUAAACAGAAUUUCUAAAAAAUUUGCCCUGAAAUCGCCUGAUUAUCCUUUAUAAUAAUUAGCUAAUUUCGUCAGUUACGUAAGGGAGUAACUCAAAAAUAUUUUCAAUUGAUCUUAUUUAAAAACACCAUAGUCUCUUUAAUAAAAAUAAGUCUUAAAAUUUUAUUUUAUUUUACUUUUUUUAUUUGUUUGUUACAUUUUAAAAACAAAUAGAUAAUUUAUUUACUAAGCAGUGCUUUUAAAAUUCUAUACUAUAUGUGUUGUAAAUGGCAGUAGUAUGUUAUAAAGCAUUCGUUUGGAUUGUUCCGUACAACCCAAAACAACCGAAGAUCUAAAAAAACAUACAUUAACACAUACGGCAGGCUUUUCGGCUAGUUUUCUUAUAAUCAAAUGCAUGGAGCUGUUAGACCAUAAAAAUAUGUGAAAAUCAAACAAGUUUUAUACGAAUUAUAAACUGUAUUGUUCACUGUAAACCAUUUUUUGUUAUGUUAUGGGAAUUGAUUAAAGUAUGUUGCCAUGCA